AUGGGCUGGUUCAUUGUGGUCGUGUGGGCAGUGUGCUGGACAGAAUUAGCCGCCGUCAAAGUGAAGGUGGUGAUGCAUUCCGAUGAGGAUUCUAGGGUUGAAGAAGAGGAGAGGUUCCCCAGAGAGCACAAGCCCAAGAGCGCCGAGGUCACCCUGCUACCCUUUCUGAAGAAGCCACUCGUGAAACACGAAGACGAGGAGAAGAGUACGACGGUGAAGCCGCGACAGAUGCACCCCAACGAAAUGAUAUUCCCUUUAAUAUAUAAACAGACGCACAUAAACAGCAUGUUCAAGUUCGGUGAGAACUGGUAUACCUGGUCCACCGAGAAGCGAACAGACGGAUCAAAAGCCAUCAACUACUAUAUAUGUUAUGAUGAGCCCAAACAUUGCGACGAAGUUGGAUGGGAGCGCACGGAAUCUUUGCCAAAGUGCGCCUUCCAGAUUGAUUCGUUGAUGCCCGACGACCGCGCGUGUAUCAAUCCGUUCGGCGUGGAGCCACACAACGCUGGCGCGUGCGACGGCGCCGAGCAGAUGAAGGUUAGCGAGAUGGUCCGCGCGUGCGGCCCUCGUAUCAGGUCUCUGUGGCGGUUCUUCCGCGUGGGUCGGCGGCCCGCAGGCGCUGUCAAGCCGGCCGAUGUCAACUCGCUCAUUUGCGAGGACGAAGAGGAAUGUUACAUCACCAUCGAAUACAGGAUCCACCACGACCGGAUAACGUUCUCGUUGCACGAGCCGUCGCGCGGGCAGACGUUCAAGAGUGCCCUCAAGCGGGAGGUGGUCGAGGAAGAGUCGAAGACCACGGAGCGUCCUCACACCACGCACCGAACGCGGACGCGGGACGACGAGAUCAGGACACCCAAGUUCAGGGUCCGUCAGCGGAAACCGACCGAAGGGAAGGGGAUCCUCAAGGAACACAACGACUCCGGCUACGGUAACCGUCGCCUUCUCAAGAAUAAGAUCAAAAUACGCGAAGACGUUUCAGAGGACCUCUCAGAGUAG